AUAUUUCUGUGCAUGCCGGUUUCUUUGCACUGAACAUCGUUUAACCACCGACAUCGUUACCGGCACACCAAAGGUUGUGAACAGUGUCGCUUGAAUUCUGUUUGCUGCCAUUUGCUUACAAGAAUAAAGGCAAAAAAAAAUUUUAGCAUGGCCCUUUUGUAACCGCUAAUAUGCAUCGGCGUAUUGGUGACGGAGCCGGCAAAGAACGAUGGGUGUUCUUGAUCUUCAAUGGUCUGCAUUUCUUCAGUACGGCGCUUUUCCAGGAUGAGUUAAGUGGGCUAAACGGUCGACUGCAAGGCACGGUGGAAGAUUGUCAUAAUGGCAUGGAUACUACGUGCCUCAAUUUCACUGCAUCGCAGUUUAACGGUAUCUAUGUCAGCGGUUUCUGGAUGGGUUGCAUAACAUCCAUACUCACGGGGUUCUUUGUUGCGCGUUUUGGCGUAUGGGUAUCCAGUUAUUGGACGGGAUUGUGCAUAUUAUUCGGAUCGACAUUAUUUACGCUUGGACCGUACUUAUCCAACCAGUCCGCGUUUGCCAUAAUGUUGAUUGGCAGGUUUAGUGCGUGUAUUGGAGUUUAUGGCAACUUUGUGGUAUCAGGCGAAGUGAAGUCUCAUUGGUUUUCCGGAAAAGAACUGGCCCUGUCCUUUAGUAUAUACUUUUGUUGCGGACGCAUAGGAUCAAUAGUUGCCUUUACUUCCGUGGGUUCACUGUUGGAAUCACUGGGAUUGCAGAAUACAUUAUGGGUGCUAUGGGUUCUGACCCAGGGUGCGACGAUUUUUGCUGUUUUGUCGGGUUGGGUGUAUCAGAAUUACACGUCCGCGAGACUGGACGCCCAAGUGUUGGAUGAUUCUGCCGCGGUUACCUACAAUCUGUACACCUUGGGACAUCUCGGUACCAGCUGCUGGUUGAUGUGCGGAGUUGUAUUCUUCUUUUACGGAGCGCUGAAUUCCAUGUUGGCCGAUGGCACCAAAUUCUUCAUUGAAAUGUACAACUACUCGGAAACCAAAGCAGCGAUCACAGUCGGUAUAAUCCCAGAUAUUGGCCUGAUUGCACCGCUAUUUGGUUGGCUGAUUGACCGCUACGGUUAUCGCGACGUGGUGACCUGCGUGGCCACUUUGUUCAUGCUGCUGGCGAUUCUCCUCAUCGCACCAGUACCCGUAUCUGCGGUGAUGAUAAUCGGCCUGAGCUGUUUGGCUCUAGCGUACGCUCUGGACAUUGCAUGCUUCUGGAGCAACAUUGCUGUUCUAGUCACGUAUCCGCCGUACGUUGUCAUUGGACUAGGCGUGGGCAUCGCAUCCGAGCUGUUGGCUAGCGGUCUCUUGCUACUGAUUAGUGGAUUUAUACUGGAUGAUACGUCGUUAACGAUCGAAGCGCGAUGGCGAAACUUUUUUAUUACGGUAACCUUAUUUGCCGCAACCGCGGUUGUUUUUGCUGUCGUUUUGGUGGUUUACGAUUGGAUGAAGGGUGGAAAGAAGUUGCGGGAGAAAACCGGUGUGGUGCCGUCUAUGGCUGCCGCGGAAGGAAAUUCCGUGGCGGUCGAUGAUGAGAUGGCGGCACCGCUGUUAAAAGUACAGCGCAGUGGGCUGCAAUAUGGUGGGGAAACAAAUUAACAUGAAAUAAACUCGAAAACUGUUAUAUACGCCAUACAUGUUCAUACGGCCGGUACUCGCUAUAUACUUCAUGCGGUGUUUCUUAUGGCGUUCAUGCAGCGCUGCUACCAGAAAUUUUGCAUGAGGUAG